UGCACACUGUCGUUGUUGUGCCGUUUAAGUGUUUCCACCUCGUGCACAUCUCUGCUAGUCCGAUUUUAUCCAGCGAUAUAAAUCCCAGUCCCAACUGCAAAGUUACAUUUCCACCGGAGUUAAUAACAACUAAAACUCAAGACCAAAAAUGCCCAUCUCCGAAUUCCGCAAGAAGAAAUUGUUGUACGUGUUCAACGUCUUCUUUGAUGUAAACCAAAGUGGUACCAUUGACAAGAAAGAUUUCGAGUUAGCAAUUGAGAAAGUUUGCAAACUAAGAGGAUGGGGUCCGGGUACCGACCAAUACAAGAAGACCUUCGAUUCUAUGAUCCAAAUUUGGGUGAGUGUAGAUGAGUGGUCUUCUAUGUGGGACGACUUCGCAAAAGAUCCCAACAAUCCCCUGGAGUGGCAACAGCAGUACAUGAAGUUCAUGUUUGACUUAGAAGACGCUAGUAACGAUGGAAGCAUCGACAGCGACGAAUUUACCAGCGUCUGCUCUUCUUAUGGACUUAACGCAUCCGAGUGUAAGGAGGCUUUCCAGAAAAUAUCGGGCGGCAAUAAAACUGUGACCUUUGACCAGUUCCAAGGACUAUGGAAACAAUUUUUCACUUCCGAAAAUCCGUCUGACCCAGGCAACUUCAUAUUCGGAAAAACAAAGUUUUAAUUGUCGCAGCCGCAGAAACUUUUUACCCACUGCAUUCAUUUUCUUUUUAAAUGUUCAACUGCUUUUUUUAAUUUUUUUUUUGAAAUCACCAUUAUUAGCUGUUAAUCGGUCGUCGUUUUGUGUUGUAAGUACGUAUUUGACUAUUACUUCUUUGAAAAAUUAAAACAGAUUUCGCGAUUGCGAAAAAAAUUCGUUCUUCAAUAGAUAAAAGGUUAGAUAGAACAGAAACAGGGUUUAAAAAACCUAACCUAACCAAGUAAAUCAAUUUUUUGUUUUCACAAAAUCCAAUUUUAAAAGAUCAAAAUCUAGUAGAAGCACCAACAUUUCGUUCCAAAGUUGUUUAGAAGAUCAAGAUCUACCUCUGGGCAAAUUUUCAUAGAUUUUCUGAAGGGGACGUACGAUAACUAGAGUCCUGUCUAUAAGAAUAUCUACUGAAGAACGAAAAAAGAAGAUAAACGUACGUACGAUUAUUAUAAUGAUGUUCUUUUUUUAUAACUAACGUAAAGCAAUGUUGGUAUAAAAAUCGUUUAUAUCCUUCUGCAUUUCUAAUGAUAAAAUUACAUACUUAUUAUAAUAAUAACAGCGCUUGAGGGAACUUUUUAAUAAACAUUAAACGUAUAAAAAUUUAUGCGAAAACAAAAAAAAAAAAGAAACCGUUGUCGUUAAAUGUUUAAUGUUUUAGGUGUUAUAUCACAUGAAUGUAAUAUUCGUAAUUUGUAUCUAUUUUUUAUCUGUUACUAAAUUACUAACUUAUCAAUAUGAAAAUGUAAUGAAUUUGUGGGAAGAGGUUUGACUUAUCGAUAGUGAACGAAUUAAUUGUCAACAAUUGAUGUAGAUUGAAUUUCAGAAAAAGGAAUAAACAGUUAUUUUCAAUUUAUCAACA